CAGGCGCGCCGCAGCCAUGUCCACCUGGCGCCACGUCGGCAUGACGUACCUCAAGUACGCCGACCUCUGCGCGACUCACGUGACCAACUGCCUCAAGGAGCCGAGGAAGUCGAAGGCUCUCUCGAGCACGGCGAUGCAUGUGCGGGUCACGGCGUGGGAGGGCGGCAAGAAGGGGAAGCCAGAGAUUGUCGAGAAGGUGGCGGCGACCGGCUAGCCGAUUUCCUCAACGCAGCGUGUGUCCGCGGCAUGCCGGGGCGAGCUGGGUCCGUGUGUUCGAGAGGCGGCGCUGGCCGGGUGUCGGGUGUGGGAGUUCGAGUUUUUCAUGUUUGCACACGCUUUUGCGUUUUGGAGCGUCGCCCUCC